UGUUUUUGUAACCUCAGCAAAAUACUAAUAAAAAUAAUUAAAAACAUAAAGUCUUCUAUUAAAUUAUGAAUUUAAUAUAGGAAAUUGUUGAUUGGUACAUGGCAAUUAGAUCAGCAAAACUGAAUCAUCUUCAAAUAGCAUUUCCUGGAAUUAAUGACGAAGAAUUAAUUCAUCGUCUUACGAGAGAUUUUACAAAAGAAGGAUGGUUAUGGAAGACAGGUCCAAGAACAGGAAAUGCGUACAGAAAACGGUGGUUUACUCUCGACGACCGGAAAUUAAUGUAUUCAGAAGAUCCUUUGGAUGCAUUCCCAAAAGGAGAGAUAUUUUUAGGCAACGUUUCCGAAGGUUAUGCAAUCAAGAAAGGCGUUCCCGCCGGAAUGAAAAACCAGGGAUUUUCGUUUACGUUGAAGACACCGGAACGCACUUACCUUCUGAGUGCAGAAGCCGAAGACGACCAAGAAGAAUGGAUUGCAGUCAUUCAGCAGGUUCUGGAAAGAGCAUUAACUCCGCAGGAUAAAACUUAUAAAUUAAUUUUAAGAAAACAUUAAUUUAAAUUUUCUACUUGAUUUUGUUACCCUAAAUUAUAUCUUAUAUAGUGGUACUUCCUUAAAGAUUUGUUAUCUUACAUAUAUGUACUAGUGAUGGGAUGAUGAUAAAAUUUCUCCCAAUUCCAAUUUUUUUGAAUACUUUCUAAGUUUAAUUUAGUUUAGAAAAAUUAAUAAUUUAUAUUAUGAGCAGGGUACAUUCAUCAAUGAAUAAACAUCAAGCUUAAGAAUGGAAAAUCCACAAUCAAUCUUUUGAAAGAAACCCGAAAAUUCUCUAUUUAUAUGUAGAUAUGCUUUUUUUUUAUUGUGUACUUCAAAGGUUACAAAUUUUACAAAGUAAAUUUGUAACCUUAUUUUAGAUAAAGUUAAUAUUGUAACACUACCCUCAAAGAAAUUACUGCUAAAUCCCUUUUACUCAAGGAAAUGUUGCAUCACAUCAUCUAGGGUCACCACCUUUGGGAACUGCUUUGUUGGCCAAUGUGAUGACCAGGGGAAGGUAAACGAGAAGAUGCACUUUUUUUACAUGCUUCUUGCAAUUGGCGUGCCUCGUAAAUGCUUUAAUUUCAUCUUAUUUAACACUAAAUGAGGCUCGGCAAAUGGUGCAACGACGUGAACAAAUAUCGUCAUCACAAGUUAACCAAGUUUUGAAUUCAAUCACUCGAGCCAGGUUUUCCUAAAUGUACAAUUGUGUGAACUUUUUCAAGGAAAAGAAGAAUUAAAUGAAUGCUUAGACUGACUCAUCUUGAAAAAUCAAUUUUUAAAAUUCAAAAUGUCAGUAAAGUUAUUGCAGACAAUUAAUUUUACUAAGAAUCACACAAAUCACAUUUGAAAAUUUAAUGCAUUACAGUAUCCGUGAAUGAUGAUAAAAACUUUCAUAAUUAUAAUGAGAAAGUUGUUUUAUCAUUAAACCUGACAGACAUAUGAAAAGGAAUCAAAAAUGUUCAUUUAAAUAAAUUAAGUGUUGAUGAAAAGAGCAUUUAAGAUGUUUAAACAUUUUAUCAUUAUAAGUAAACAUACUAAAUAUUAAAAAUAAUUUUGUUUAUAUUUUAAACAGUUUUGCCAACACUUAAAUAUUUUUGUCUAUUGCCGGUCAAGCUGACCCAAUAGUAGCUAGGUGGCAACUCUGAUGUCACCCUAUCUCUCCUAAGAUGGAGACAAUUAAUACCGACCGAAUGCAUUCUCUCAUUGCUCUAACUACACAAAAGUAAAGUCUGCCACGACAGUCAUUGCCUCGUGUAAGAGAGGAGUCGUGUACUCUGCUUUGUCGACACUAAAGUCUCCAGUAAACUAACACUUAAUUGUUAAUAUCAUAAUUAAAUUUUUUAAUUUCUAAGUGUAGAAGAAUCAUUUUAAGAAUCGGAAAUCGUGACAAGAUUUGCUCAAUUCUGAUUAAUCAUCCCAUCACUGGUAUGUACUAAGGUCUACAGUGGUUACUUUUUAAGCUUUUUUCAACAAUAUAUUUUUUGUAAAUUUUAUACUAAAUUUAAAAUUCUCUUUAAGCAUUUUAAUUCAGAAACAUUGCUUUUAAAAUUUAGAAAAUUGUAAUAAUGU